AUGCAACCGCUAGUCACUGAUAGCUUCCACUGGCUUGUGAACGGAUCAAACACUGAAAUUAGUAUUUAUCUGUACCCUCUCACUAAUGAAAAUGAAUCCUUUCGAUUUAAAUCCUUCUUGCUCUACUCUGGCAGCUGUGGGCUAAUUUCGUGUUUGUAUCGGUCAGUCUCCUUGACACAAUGAUAAUGCUGAAAUCCUAAUGGACAAGCUUCAUCCACCCAUCCUCACCAAGGCCAUCCAUGACUUCCAUCCUUCACCAUGCAGCCACUCAUAGGCUUUAUCUUCUGUCCUCUCUUGAGAUCUGCACUAAAUAAGGGUACUUUGCCAAUGUCUAAUAAAUCCCAGAUUACUUCAACCUUAGAGUGCAAAUCUAUAGAUUACCAAAGCAUUUUUGGUCAUUUUGGUAGGCCAAGAGCUCUCUCUGUGUGACGAUGCUGUGAUUUAUUACCAUUGGCGCCUGCACUGCCGUGAAACCUUGGUGUUGGUCUGAUAUAGAGGUUUUAGUAGUUGACUUAUUGGACUCUGUCAUCUCUGUUUGAUCUAGGUCAGGUGAUUUCUCCCCAGACCUCUCUACCCGUCCCCAAUGACGGCAAAGCUGAAAUCAGCAGAGAGAACAGUGCUGUGGACUUCAGUAAGGUACAGUAAGACAUUCUUACAAUCAGGUCCCCCCUCUUAUUCAUUAUGAUUAAAAGGCAAAACCAAUCCUAGAUCAGCACUCCAAGUCUGAGACGAUUUAUGAAUACGGGCCUUGAACGUACUAUCCUACUACAGUACCACAUACUCAACAUGCCAGUUCUGGCAGUUCAGGUGUGUAUGAACACAAUAAUCUGUUCCAUUUUCAUUUGUUGUUUGUAUGUAUUGCUUGAAAAAAUUGUUUAAACCAUAAACUAUGAUUAUAACCAUACUAUAAAUAUAGCAAACCAGUCAUCUCACUCACACUGCCAUUAACACUGUAGAUUAUAGUAGGACAACAACAGUUUAUCUUACCUCCGAAUCCUACAAUGAUAACCUUUUGUCGGUAACCUUUUGUUCAGAGCCUUUUGUUCCCCUUCACCACAAGGUUUCCCUAUUCUGUUAGCAGUGAGCAUGGUGUUUAUAACUGGGACUCUGAUGCCCCUACUGCUUCCACUUAAUGUUACAGCACUUCCAUUUGACGCAGUGCAGCUCCAUGGCAGACAGACAGACAGACAGACAGACAGACAGGAUCGCAGCAGAAUAGUGAUUGGAGGAUCAGUUAGCAGGCAGUCAGGCAGGCUCAGGUCUGGAUGAAUGUGUCACUGCGGGGGCAGACAGGGUAUCAAGGAGAUGAUAACCUCUGGAAAUGUUAUGUAACUGAUGAUACCACUUUAGGCUGAUGAUGGCAAUCUGCUGUAAUAUUUCAUCAUAACACAUGGUCAUAUGUAUGUUAUGAUGGUAAUGUUAUGAAAUAGAUGAAAUAGGGUCCAGUUGGCUAAUCUAUUAUGUAUCUUAAGUCAUCAACAGGAUAUUAAUUACAAAAACACAUAAGGUUCCAAAAUUCUUAUAACUAUCCCAAAAUUACCAGGUUUUCCAGUACUGGUAAUCCUGGUUGGACAAUUCCCCAAAUCAGGAGGGAAUUUUGCAACCCUAGUCACAGUAGGGAUCAACAGUAGGGAUUACGUUAUGUUUGUUUUGAGAAUGUAUUUCAUAUUUCAGCUUUUCUUUUCCUAUGCUCUUCUUUAGGAUUGAGGAUUUGCGAUAUUCACACAGUAAAAUGCACCAUUUAGACUCAACUAAUGACUGCGUAUUCUAUCCUGUGUCCGUGUAGAUAGACCUCCAUUUCAUGAAGAAGAUUCCGCCGGGAGCGGAAGCGUCCAAUGUGUUGGUGGGUGAGGCAGAGUUCCUAGACAAGCCUGUGGUGGCGUUUGUACGUCUCUCACCUGCAGUCAUGCUCAACGGGCUGGCUGAGGUCCCCAUCGUUACCAGGUUAGAAACACUGUGACCUCCAUUUAGGGUUGCAAAAUUGCAGUAACUUUCUCAAAAUUCCCAGGUUUGCCAGAAAUCAUGGUUCGAAGAUUCCUUGGAAUCAGGAAUACAGUGAGGGAAAAAAGUAUUUGAUCCCCUGCUGAUUUUGUACGUUUGCCCACUGACAAAGAAAUGAUCAGUCUAUAAUAUUAUUGGUAGGUUUAUUUGAACAGUGAGAGACAGAAUAACAACAAAAAAAUCCAGAAAAACGCAUGUAAAAAAUGUUAUAAAUUGAUUUGCAUUUUAAUGAGGGAUUUCGCAAACACUACUUCCAAUUAGUCUAUCACUAUGGUCUCCUGUCUAUGACUAACACUAUGACCUUCUUAGUCCUUAUUUGGGCUGACCCCCAACUGUCUCUUCACCGCUCUGUCUGACUCUUAUUGUGGCCCAUUUCCUCUUCCCCUGUUAGGUUCUUGUUCAUUCUGCUGGGGCCUCUUGGGAAAGGGCCACAGUAUCAUGAGAUUGGCCGAUCCAUUGCAACUCUCAUGACAGACGAGGUAAGACAGCCUCUCCAAUGGUGAACAUAGUUGUUGGGCAUGACUGAACGAACAUGUCAAUUAAUGACUGAAUUUUCAUUCUUCUUCAUUCCAAGGUUUUCCAUGAUGUCGCCUACAAAGCGAAGGACCGCAAUGAUCUAAUUGCUGGAAUCGAUGAGUUCCUUGACCAAGUGACUGUCCUGCCACCGGGGGAGUGGGAUCCCUCUAUAAGAAUAGAGCCACCAAAAAAUGUACCGUCUCAGGUGAGUUUAGCCCCUUCUUUAAAAACAAGUCUUUCAUCAUUGGACAUACAAAUCACAGCAAUGUCUUUCAUUUGAAAAAGGAAAAAAAUAACAGAUGUGGUGUUUGAAAAACAGGAGAAGAGGAGGAGUGCAGCACAGUGCGGCACAGACCCAGGGGAUGAAGAGGAGGAGGACGAGGGACAUGGGGGUCCGGAGCUGCAGCGGACAGGACGGUAGGUGGGGGGGUGUAUGUGGUUGUGUUUGUGGUUGUGUAUUAUGUGGUUGUGAUUGUGUAUUAUGUGGUUGUGUUUGUGGUUGUGUAUUAUGUGGUUGUGGUUGUGGUUGUGUAUUAUGUGGUUGUGUUUGUGUUGUGUAUUAUGUGGUGGUGGUUGUGGUUGUGUAUUAUGUGGUUGUGUUUGUGGUUGUGGUGGUUGGGUAUUAUGUGGUGUGUUUGGGUUGUGUAUUAUGUGGUGUGGUUGUGUAUUAGUGGUUGUGUUUGGUAUUAUGUGUUUGUUUGUGGUUGUGAUUAUGUGUUGUGGUUGUGGGUUGUGUUGGGUUGUGUAUUAUGGGUUGUGUUGGGUGUGUAUUAUGUGGUUGGUUGUGGUUGUGGUGAUGUGGUUGUUGUGUGUGUUAUUGUGUUUGGUUGUGUAUUAUGUGGUGGUUGUGGUUGUGUAUUAUGUGGUUGUAGUAUAUGUUGGUCGUGGUUGGUUGUGUGUAUUAUGUGGUCGUGUAUUGUAUUGUAUUAUGUGGUUUGGGGUUUGGUUGUGAUAUGUGGUUGUGGUUGUGUAUUAUGUGGUUGUGUAUUAUGGGGUUGUGGUUGUGUAUUAUGUGGUUGUGUAUUAUGUGGUUGUGGUUGUGUAUUAUGUGGUUGUGUAUUAUGUGGUUGUGGUUGUGUAUUAUGUGGUUGUGUUUGUUUAUUAUGUGGUUGUGUAUUAUGUGGUUGUGUAUUAUGUGGUUGUGUAUUAUGUGGUUGGGUUGUGUAUUAAGAAAGAAAGAUGGAUAAAAAUAAACCAGGUUUUUCUCCUGGUAUUUGAAACAUCUAUCUAUGGAACAUUGCACAGAGGCCAGGCUUGCCAUUGCCACUGAUCUCCCUCCCAGGUGACUGUGUGCAGUUCAUGCAAAGGUUGCCAUAGCAACUUCCUGCAGUGAGCUCCCAAUUGCCUUGUCUAUAUUCUGCAGCAGGGGCAUGAGCUCAUGCUAAGUCAUCCUCAUGACUGUAUCUAUUUUAUGCCCAUUAAGUUCUUUUGGAGAGGGGGAAAUCAAAAAGAAAGGCUCCAGCUGCAAGCUAAAUCCUCACCACGAGACAGCAGGUUACCCAUGUGGUUGUAGUUUGAUUCAGUCAUUAGAAGAGAUGCUAUACAUGACCGUAUUAAUGCAGUCCACUAUUUUCUCUAUGGUGUUAUAAUGUUUCCAGAUUCUGUGGUGGUCUCCUGUUGGACAUCAAACGCAAGGCGCCACACUACCUGUCUGACUACACAGACGCUGUCAGCCUGCAGUGCUUGGCCUCCUUCCUCUUCCUGUACUGUGCAUGCAUGUCGCCUGUCAUCACGUUCGGGGGUCUACUAGGAGAGGCAACAGAAGGACGCAUAGUAAGACACCAGGGUUUCAUCCCAAAUGGCUGUCUAUUCCCUACAUACUGCACUAUUUUUGGGUCAUGGUCAAUAGAGAGCCAUUUGGGAUGCAGCCCAUCCCUGUCGAAUACACAGUGAUAGAAUGAAAAAGAGAUUGAUUGAAGUUCAGCCUUUCUUACGCAUGGAUAUUCUCUGAAUUUGUUUCCUGCAGAGUGCAAUCGAAUCACUUUUUGGCGCCUCCAUGACGGGAAUAGCCUAUUCCCUGUUUGCUGGCCAGCCACUCACCAUAUUGGGCAGCACAGGGCCUGUGCUGGUGUUUGAGAAGAUAUUGUACAAAUUCUGCAAGUAAGUUUGAAUAAAAUACUGUAGUUAUUUAAGCAAUAAGGCCCGAGGAGGUGUGGUAUAUGGCCAAUAUACCACUGCUAAGGGCUGUUCUUAGGCACGACGCAAUGCUAAGUGCCAGGAUACAGCCCUUGGCCGUGGUAUAUUGGACAUACAGUACAUCACAAAACCCUGAGGUGCCUUAUUGCUAUUAUAAACUGGUUACCAACGUAAUUAGAGUAGUAAAAAUAAAUGUUUUGUCAUACGCGUGGUAUACGGUCUGAUAUACCACGGCUGUCAGCAAAUCAGCAUUCAGGGCUCGAACCAUGCAGUUUAUACAAUUCUAUAACACCCAUGUGAUUAAUCAUCUAUCUAGCCCACUGCUCUAAGGCCAUUUCUGUAUCUGUACCCACAUCUCGGAUAAUCUGUGAUUAGAUUGUAUGAUGAUCUUCUGUCCUUAUAACAAUAGCAAUAUAGAAUGACCGGAUGCAAUAUACACUCUUAGAAAACAAAGGUGCUAUCUAGAACCUAAAAUGGUUCUUCCGCUGUCCCCAAAGGAGAACCCUUUGAAGAACCCUUAUUGUUUCCAGGUAAAACCCUUUUGGGUUCCAUGAGGGUUCUACCUGGAACCAAAAAGGUUUCUCCAAUGGGGACAGCCAAAGAACCCUUUUGGGAAAAAAAAAUUCUAAGAGUGUACUGCCAAAAUACAUGGAUAAUUUAAUGUCCUAUACUGCUUUAAAGAGUAUUAAAAUACCAUUGUUAUAAUGACGACCUCAGAUUCAGUAUAUUCUGCGGAUAGAUAGAUAUACAGGUAACUGCCAAAAUAAAGGAAACACCAACAUAAAGUGUUUUGAUAGGGCAUUGGGCCACCACAAGCCAGAACAGCUUCAAUGGACCUUGGCAUAGAUUCUUCAAGUGUCUGGAACUCUAUUGGAGGGAUGUGACACCAUUCAUCCAUGAGAAAUUCCAUCAUUUGGUCUCAGGCACCGCUCCAGAAUCUCCCAUGUGUUCAAUUGGGUUGAGAUCUGGUGACUGAGUUUUCAUGCUCAUCAAACCAUUCAGUGACCACUCAUGCCCUGUCGAUGGGGGCAUUGACAUCUUACGGGGGCAUAGCCAUGGUAGCCAAAAUAAUGGCAUGCCCAGCAUAUCCCUAAGCAUGAUGGGAUGUUAAUUGCUUAAUGAACUCAGGAACCACACCUGUGUGGAAGCACCUGCUUUUAAUAUACUUUGUAUCCCUCAUUUACACAAGUGUUUCCAUUAUUCUGGCAGUUAUCUGUAGAUAGUGGAUAAAAUAUCCCACAGAUGUUGUCAUAUAAUGUAUGCUGCAGUACAGUGAGGUUUUAACUCUCUCCUCAGGGAGUAUGGAUUAUCCUACCUCUCACUGAGAACCUGUAUAGGGCUGUGGACAGCAUUCCUCUGCCUGGUCCUAGUGGCCACAGACGCUAGCUCCCUGGUCUGUUACAUCACACGCUUCACAGAGGAGGCCUUCGCCUCGCUCAUCUGCAUCAUCUUCAUCUACGAGGCCUUGGAGAAGCUCAUCCACCUGGGGGAACACUACCCCAUCAACAUGAACAACAACCUGGACAAACUCACACAGUACUCGUACGUUUGCACUCACUCCAUUGAAAGUGCCUUUUAAUCCAGAACUAGGCUAAAUCGGUUCCUUAGAGUUCUGAACGAAAGUCAUAUCUUUAAUUUGAGAUGAUUGUGAUCAGUGAGGGAUUUAAUGGUGAAGUGUUCCACUGUUUCUAUAGGUGUUCAUGUGUUGAACCUCCAGAUCCAAGCAAUGCCACCGUACAGUACUGGGAGCAGAGCAACAUCACUGCUUCGGAGAUCUACUGGGAGGCACUCGAGGUUAAGGUACCGUAUAAGAGUGUCUAGUUAAAUCUGUGGAAUCUAUGGAAAGGAUCAAGCAAAAUUCAGAGAAGGAGUUAUUCUGGGUCAGGUCUCGUGUUCUGAGAAACCCCCCUGGCCAUAUAGUACAUAAAGGACAACAAUUUGUUGUUUAAUAAACGGAAUUAGAGAGCAAAAACAGGUGUUCCCCACAAAGUGGCAUACUCUCCCAGAUGGAGCUGGUCCUGUGCAGAAGAUUAAGGACAUGUGGUUGACUGGAUUAUUCUGGAUUACCCCAUGCCAAAUCACCAUAAAAGCAUAUUUGUAUUAUUCAUUUUCCUUUUCGUGGACAAGGAUGCUCUUAACCCAAGGCCCUCUUAACCAAAGGAUUUAGUAAUUGACAGCAAUGUCAUGCACCGUUAAUUCCACUUGUAGUAGCGCAGACCAAUCAUCCUCCUCUACCUGUUGUUGCAGGACUGCAUAGAGAAAAGAGGGGAGUUUGUGGGCAGCGCCUGUGGCCCUCACGGACCCUAUAUUCCAGAUGUUCUCUUCUGGUCCGUCGUUCUCUUCUUCUCCACUGUCUUCAUGUCAGCUUUCCUAAAGGAGUUCAAGUUCAGCCGUUACUUCCCCACCAAGGUAAGGCAGCAGACCCAGAUCCUACUGUAAUCCCAUUGGUUUGUAUCUAUUAUGUGUUUGUAGACUGCAGACAGGCUUUCUGUCAUUCUGCUGAGGUUUAUGGUGCAGUGGAGCACUCUAGUGGUCAUAUGUGAGUACUGUCUGAUUAUGGUAGUUCAAAGCUAAUUAAUAAUAAAAUAGAGUUUUUAAUUAAGAAAAGAGUCGCGCCUCCACUUUGUAUUUUGUAUUCUAUUAUGAUUUAAGGCAUAACCCAUUGUUUGGGCAAGGAACCCCCCUUUUUUCUGACUAGUGGCCCAUGUGAGAAUUGAAUCCACAACCAUUGUGCUCAGCGUUUGAGUGCCCUGUGCAAUCUGUGAUUGAUAUUAAACAAUGAUAUAGAUGGUUCCUGUACUAAGACCAGACAGUUGACAUGCACCCCUCUCUUGCACAGUUGAGAGCUGUCAUCAGUGACUUUGCUGUGUUCAUCACCAUCUUUACCAUGGUACUGGUGGACUAUGCCUUAGGGGUCCCAUCACCAAAACUAAAAGUCCCCAGUGUGUUUAAGGUGAGCUAUAUAACAAAGUAUUACAAGAUGAUUAUACAUUUUUACUCAAAAUACUGUACACCAUGGACAUGUGCCAUGCUAUGUAGAUGCAAUAUUUACCAAUAAUCCAAAUCCUUGCAGCCGACCAGAGAUGACCGUGGUUGGUUGAUCAGCCCAUUAGGCGGCAACCCUUGGUGGACCACCAUCGUAACAGUGAUCCCUGCUCUGCUCUGCACUAUCCUCAUCUUCAUGGACCAACAGAUCACCGCUGUCAUCAUCAACAGGAAGGAGCACAAACUAAAGGUAGUGUAGGAUACUGUAAUGGCUCAGCUCAGCUCAUUGUAAGUCACUCUGGAAAAGAGCGUCUGCUAAAUGACGUAAAUGUAAAUGUAAAUAUGGGAGGCUUUGUUCACCAUAACCUGAAUGUCCCCUUUUUAGUUGGCUUUGAUUUGGUGCAUGUGUAGUUGAUUGUGAAAUAUUGGAAAGCGUCCAGUACUGGUUGAUAUGGACUGGAAAAGUCCCUUUCAGAAGUAUUUUUCUACUUGGGGAAUUAGUUAACAUUUUGACAAUAAUUUCCUGAACUAUUAUAAAAUGUUGACGAUCCGGAAUAUUGAGUAGUGUAUUCUCAGUUGUACUGUAUUGUGUUUCCCUCCCCACAGAAAGGCUGUGGGUACCAUCUGGACCUGUUCGUGGUGGGUCUCAUGCUGGGGGUGUGCUCCAUCAUGGGCCUGCCCUGGUUCGUGGCUGCUACCGUUCUCUCCAUCUCCCACGUCAACAGUCUGAAGCUGGAGUCAGAGUGCUCUGCCCCCGGGGAACAGCCCAAGUUCCUGGGCAUCCGCGAGCAGCGCUUCACCGGCCUCAUGAUCUUCCUACUCAUGGGCUGCUCGGUGUUCAUGACAUCUGUGCUCAAGGUCAGAUAGCUUCUCUGAGGACAUAUUGUGUUGGCUCUAAAUGUGUUCCUAUUGCAGUGUGAUAGAAGUGUCUCUCAUGCACACGUUGUAUUUAUUUUGCACCCAGUGUAUUAGUCUGCAGUGCCUCAAAGUAUACUCAAAUAUUUUCCACUAUGUUUUGUAGAGUUGAAUCACACUUUUUCAACCAUUUCCUGGUUGAUGCUUGUAUGACUGAAUCAUAAUAUAAUUGCUCUUGUCCCUUUAGUACAUUCCCAUGCCUGUGUUGUAUGGCGUAUUCCUGUACAUGGGAGCAUCUUCGCUCAGAGGAAUACAGGUAGGAGAUCACUAAACACACUAAGAUGCAGUUUCUGUACAGUACAUUACAUUCUCAGUCAACAUUGACUUGUAAGGUGCAGGGCCUUGGUCGAGUGGAUAACACUCCCGGCACAAGUGACAUACACUGAGUUUCAGUGGCGGCUCCUGAAAAAAUUCUCAGGGGGGGCAAUUUUUCUGAUGAUUUAGGUGACCUACACACAUUUUUAAAAAGAUAUGUCCAGCAACAACAUGAAGACAGGGGCAGCAUAUAAGUCAAUACUGAUAUACACAUUACUUGCUUCAAAAAGGCCUCAUGGUUGAAUUGGAAAUAUGUGCAUCUGAGCAUAAUUCACAACAAGCAAGCAGGAGCUUUUGAUAGAGGCUACUGAAAACAUUGAUGCAAGUUAUUGGUAAUAAGACAUUUUUAUAGACUUCCAUAUUCUGCCCUCUUGUAUAGAUUUGUGAAAAUGAACAGUGAUAGACAUUUUGCCUGAAAACAGAAUUUGAAAAUAAUUUCUAGAAAAGGUAAACACAGCUAUAUGUAUGGCUUUGUAAAAAUGAACAACCAUAUUCUGGCCAAUUGUAUAGAUUUGUAAAUAUGAUGAUGUCUCCUUUCAUGCAUACAUUUUCAAAUAAAGCUCUGCUUUGAGAAAGAUCGAAUGAUAUUGUUUAAUCUUACCUUAUGGCCUGCACACUGCUUGUGAAGCUGUCGAGGGCACGUUUGAUGAAGACAGCAUCGAUGUCCUUCUGUAGCUUCUGGUACAGAAUGUCGACGUGGGGCAUGAUUUUGUGAAAAAGCCCCAGGAAAAAAAUAAAAUCUUUCUUGCUAUCUAUGUACCUCAGCACAAGCACCAGCUGUGUCUGUGUAGAAACGUCCGUGGUCUCGUCAGCUUGGAUAGCUACGAAGUUCGCCGACUUCACCUCCUCCACAAUAUGUUCCCUCAUGACCGCUAGCAUACACUCCAGUAGCUCGUUUGAAUGGUCUUUGAUGUGCCCUUGAAAACUUUAGCAUUUUUAAGAUGGUCAUCAAACACCUCAUCUAAUUGUGCCACAAAGUUGACAAGUCCAAGAAAAAUACCAGGGUUGGUGGAGCCCUCAGUUUCAUCUUUGCCUCGCAAAGCUAACUCAAACACUCCGCAAAACUUCACACACUGGAUUAGCCGGCUGAGGAUGUGGCGGUUCUUGCUAACCUCAUCGUUGUGGCGGCGGACAGCUAGCCUGUAUCCCUCAUCCAGUUGAGUGGCAAUGUUCACUCUCCCCAAAGCAGACAAUCUCAAACAGCUAUCCAUGUGGGUCUUUGACAGCUCAUGUUUCUUAAUCUUUUCUGAAAGAUGGUGCAUGUCCGUUACACCAGUCGCUGUCCAAGCGGUGCUGUCUGCCGUGCCGCCUUCAGGGUGAAAGAGUAAGCAGGGGUAGCAGAAGACUGCAUUAGCUACAUCGCAGCCUGCUAGCCAGGUUUUUCGUUCGUACCAAUUUUUGGAAAAUCCUCGGGUGUAGGACUUCCCCCCUUUAGUAGAAACCUGUUGAAUUAUUACAUUUGGUCUGGGAGGUCCUAAUUGUUUCGUUGCCAAUUUAUCUUGAUUUGUUCGCCGACAAAAAUGAACUUCUUUCAAAGAGACAAUCGAGUUGCACUGAACGCUAGCCAUUUUGACAGUAGUACGUGAAUUGAUUGACGCUGCUACCCGCUCUUUUCUUAGUUAUGUUCAUGGUUAUGUUACGUAUGACGAAAGCGCGUAAGUGCAAGCCCUCCCGGAACCCAUAGAGAUUGUAUUGAAAGCUCUGAUAUUUGAAAAAAAAAAGAUUUUACAUGAGAGUCUGAGAGACUUCUGGGGCGAUUUUCAACCUGACUGAAAUCGCCCCAAAACGGGCGGGGCCAUUUGAAGCACGACUUUAGCCUGAUUGGACAUUUAGUGGCAGAUCAGACGUCUAGAUUAGAACACUAAAAACUACUGUUGCCGUGAUAUAAUUGAUUAGAAAAAAAAUCCCUUCCUUUUCCCGUUUGGCAGUGCGUCGCCCAUAUCGCCCUAAUGAACACACCGCCCCUGCUGAGUUUACAAAACAUUAAGGACACCUGAUCUUUCCAUGACAGACUGACCAGAUGAAUCCAGGUGAAAGCUAUGAUCCCUUAUUGAUUUCACUUGUUAAAUCCACUUCAGAUGAAGGGGAGGAGACAGGUUAAAGAAGGAUGUUUAAGCUUUGAGACAAUUGAGACAUGGAUUGUGUAUGUGUGCCAUUCAGAUGGUGAAUGGACAAGACAAUGGUAGUAUGGUAGUAGGUGCCAGGCACACCGGUUUGUGUCAAGAACUGCAAUGCUGCUGGGUUUUUCACUCUCAACAGAAGCUGUUAAGAAGCCUUUUGAACCUAGACUUGGCGCUCCGGUACCGCUUGCCGUGCGGUAGCACAGAGAACAGUCUAUGACUAGGGUGGCUGGAGUCUUUUUUAGGGCCUUCCUCUGACAAUGCCUGGUAUAAAGGUCCUGGAUGGCAGGAAGCUUGGCCCCAGUGAUGUACUGGGCCAUAUGCACUACCCUCUGUAGCGCCUUGCGGUCGGAGGCCGAGAAGUUGCCAUACCAGGCGGUGAUGCAACCAGUCAGGAUGCUCUUGAUAGUGCAGUUGUAGAACUUUUUGAGGAUCUGGGGACCCAUUCCAAAUAUUUUCAGUCUCCUGAGGGGGAAUAGGCGUUGUCGUGCCCUCUUCAUGACUGUCUAGGUGUAUUUGGACCAUGAUAGUUUGUUGGUGAUGUGGACACCAAGGAACUUGAAGCUCUCAACCUGCUCCCCUACAUGUGAGAAUGGGGGCGUGCUCUGCCCUCCUUUUCCUGUAGUCCAUGAUCAUCUCCUUUGUCUUGAUCAGGUUGAGGGAGAGGUUGUUGUCCUGGCACCACGCUGCCAGGUCUCUGACCUCCGUAUAGGCUGUCUCAUCGUUGUCGGCGAUCAGGCCCAGCCAACUUGACAAAACUGCGGGAAGCAUUGGAGUCAACUUGGGCCAGGAUCCCUGUUGAACGCUUUCGACACCUUGUAGAGUCCAUGCCCCGAGGAAUUUAGGCUGUUUUGUAGGCAAAAGGGGGCAGUGUUUUGUACACUCAGUGUAUAUGCCUUCACACCAGAGACCAGGGUUCAAUUCCUAUCUCCACCCUUCCUCCUAAAUCUCCCUCCUUACUCUCACCCCAUCUGUUUCUGUGCAUGUCUGAAUAAAGCAUGAAAUGUACUUUAAAAAACAAACAUAGGCUUGUAAGGCUAAGUCCUAGCACACUUGACCUACAUCUAAAGCUAAGUUCACAAAGACCAUCUGAGAACAUUAAGACUCCUCUCAACACAGUACAGCAACACAGAAACCGGAAUACAAUGGUCCUGAGGUUGUAAUGUAAUCCAUUGUUCUAUUGCUCAUCAGUUAUUUGACCGUCUGAAGCUGUUUGGCAUGCCAGCCAAGCACCAGCCUGACUUCAUCUACCUGAGACACGUUCCCCUGAGGAAGGUCCAUCUCUUCACCAUCAUCCAGCUCAGCUGCCUGGUCAUGCUCUGGGUCAUCAAGACCUCCAAUUAUGCCAUUGUCUUCCCCAUGAUGGUUAGCAAACAUCUUUCUCCCUUUAAGUCUCAUACAGUAGAUUCAUCUGAAUGGGUUUACAUGCCAAAUAUGCCAAGGCAAUCCAUUGUCUUAAGUUAUACAUUAUGAAGCCUAGAUGCCUUGAUGCUCUACAGAAACAGGAGAUAGGCUCCUGCCCUAUGGCUGGGACAAAGAUUGCUUCUGCAGAUGAUUCUGUCUGUAUAGUAAUGUAGAGUUUGUGUUCCUUGCAGGUGUUGGCUCUGGUGUUCAUUAGGAAGCUGAUGGAUUGCUUCUUCACCAAGAGAGAGAUGAGCUGGCUGGAUGAUCUAAUGCCAGAGAGUAAGAAGAAGAAACUGGAGGAUGCUGAAGAAGAGGUAUGAAACAGUGGAGGCUGCUGAGGGGAGGACAGCUCAUAAUAAUGGCUGGAACGGAGCCAAUGGAAUGUCAUCAAACACAUAGAAACCAUGUGUUUGAUUUAUUUGAUACCAUUCCAGUAAUUCUGCUCCAGCCAUUACCACGAGCCCAUCCUCCCCAAUUAAGGUGGCACCAACCUCCUGUGGUAUGAAAAUAGCAUCAAGGAAGAUUAGCCCUUUGGUGGGCUAAAAUAAACCCUAAAAAUCAAUACAUGACACUGAUAUGCCAUAUAUCAGUAGAUCAUUUUUACUUGAGAUAUGUAACUUCUGUUGUAAUGGUUCAUCUCUGCGUUUGUUUUAACAAAUAUAUUACAUACAGUACUAGAUAUCACUAGUGUAACAAGUUCCUGUUGAUUUUCUUAUUCCUAAGGAGGAGGAGCAAAGUAUUUUGGGAGAGGAAGAUGGAGUAGUGCAAGUACCAUUAGAAGGAUAUCAAAAGUAAGUUAUCAGCCAUUGUGAGUGAAAAAAAUAUUAAUAGAAUCAAACUUCAUGCGUCAUUGGUAGUAUAAUAGUUAACUGAUUGAUGUGAAUUAUUAUGCAUGAUUAUGUCUUGUUUUUUUAGGAGUGAAUCCGCACUCAACAUCACUGAUGAAAUGUUGAAAGGCUCUUUUGGAAACACGUGGAAUGUCAACUCUGACAACUCUAAAAAAGAGCUAGACUCAAAA